CAUUUUCCUUCAUGCCUUCCUUCACAGUUUCUGAUGAAGAGCAAUCAGUAGUGUAUGUUCCAGGAAUUUCUGCGGAAGGAAAUAUCAGAUCAAGACAGAAGAUGGUGAAUCCAAAAGCUGAUGUUAAACUUAAGACUCCCAAGGUGACUGCUGCUUCAGUCUCCACGGAGUCCUUAAGAGGUGCAGGAGAUUCUGUAGAUGGACAGAAUUUCUGCAGGAGAGGAAUGAAGAGUGCAUCAUUGAAAGAUUUAUGUCUUGAAGACAAAAGACGCAUUGCAAACUUAAUUAAAGAACUGGCCAGAGUAAGUGAGGAAAAGGAAGUGACAGAAGAAAGACUCAAAGCUGAGCAGGAAUCAUUUGAGAGGAAGAUCAGGCAGUUGGAAGAACAGAAUGAACUGAUCAUCAAAGAAAGGGAAGCUCUUCAACUACAGUAUAGAGAGUGCCAAGAACUUCUAAGCCUCUAUCAGAAAUAUCUGUCGGAACAGCAAGAGAAGCUCACUAUGUCUCUCUCAGAACUUGGUGCUGCUAAAAUGCAGGAACAACAGGUAUCCAAUAGGAGAAGCGCUCUCCGGUCUUCGUCUUUGGAACUGGAUGGUUCCUACCUGAGUGUAGCCAAACCACAAACCUACUAUCAAACCAAGCAAAGGCCUAAGUCUGCAAAUCAGGACCUAUCUUCAGAAUCCCUUGCAGAGUUUAGGAAUAAUUCUUUGAAACCAGCAGCUCUUCAUUAUCCCAAAAAGGAUGUGGACAAGGUGCCAUCAGAGACCACGACGUGUAGUUAUGGAUCCCCAGGAAGAAAGCUAGUAGAUGCAGUCCCUACAGAGAAAACUGCAGCAGAGGAGCUGAGGACGAGGGAAUGCCAACACCUUAAGGCCGCCCCGUCUAGUCAGUGCUGUGGUCACAGACUUGCUGACAAUGCAGAUCACAUUCAAGAGAGCCAUCCUACAAACGUGGCCUCUCAAUAUUCCAAGACUCAUCUGGAAUCAUGCAGUUGUUGUGGGCUUUCCUGGGCAUCUCUGUUGCGUGGCCACGGGGCGCUGCAGCCUAGUGAAACAGAUAUCAAAAAGCAACUCUCAGAAGAUAGAAGGCAGCAACUUAUGCUUCAGAAAAUGGAGCUGGAAAUUGAAAAGGAGCGCCUUCAGCAUCUGCUGGCCCAGCAGGAGACAAAACUCCUCCUGAAACAGCAGCAGCUUCAUCAGUCUCGACUAGAUUACAAUUGGUUAAGAACUCAAGCUGUUUUUAAUUCAAGAGAACCGGUUGCUCAUAAAGAGAUUAGUAAACUCCAAGAGCUCAAUCUGGAUAUGAAUGAGAGUGACACUGGACCAAGCUUAUUGAAGUCAAAAUGUGAUGACUGGAUGCUAGGAACAUCAUCAUCCGUCAAAAAGUACCAAGACUCUACUAACAGCGGAGAGAAUAGAAGGGAGAAGAAGACAGUUGGGUUUCAGUCACAUAUGGAAGAUGAUGCCCUGUGGACGUGUCAAAAGAAAGAUGCAUUUCAACCCCAAAGAGGGACGAUGGCAGGAGUUAGGAGAGAUGCGUCCACUUCUCCUAUGACGACAGGAAGCCAAAAGGAGCCUGUAACCCCAACCACGUCAUCCUCCCAACAUGGCACCUCCCGGUAUGAAACAUCGCUGUUGGAUUUGGUUCAAUCUCUGAGUCCAAAGACUGCUCUCAAACCUCGGUCCCAUCCCUCCAGAGAAGCGGGGUCCUGGAGUCACAGCACUUGCCGGCGCAGUCCUCUGAAAUCGACCUGGAACAAGACCAGGGCAGGCAGGACCCCUGAAGACCUGGAGGAGAACCAAAUUCUGGAAGAUAUCUUUUUCAUUUGACACUGAAGCGCACGCUGCAGAAUGUCCUUCAGAAAUGAGUGGGUGUUUUUAUAUACUGAUCUAGGAUUUUAAAUUAUUUGACUGCAA